AACUUUUAAAUGUCCAUUUAAAGAUCUUUAUAAAGGUUUGUUUAAUGUUUUUGCUAGCAAAUUUAUAAAAAAAUAUGGAAGAUGACAAACGAACCCAAUUUAAAGACGAAGCAAUUUAUGAGGAGAUAAGAUUUGAUGAAAAAUCCAGAUUUCAAAACCUGCAAAGGUACUUGCAAAAGCAGCGCCAUGAAAGGGAACUUCACAACAAAAAAUGUGAGGCACAAAAUUUUACUGCCUUACGAAACCAUCAAUUUCAUGAAGAAGAAAAUUUGGCAUAUGAAUUGGAUAAAAUUAAACGAGAGGAAAUAGUUGACAAGAAAUUUAGGCAGCAACUAAGGGAAUCGUCUGAAGAAUUAAGGGAUCUAGAAAGGAAGUUGCAAUUAGCAUAUGGGCAAAAAGAAUUGGCUGAACAAAUAGCUGAAAAACAAGCUGAAAGGGAAUAUAUGAAAAUAAGAGUGAAAGAAGAACAAGAUCUAAUAAAUAAAGCCAGAGUAGAAGAAGCCGUAUUUUUACAUAACUUGGCAGAAGAAAAACUAAAGAAAACUGUACAAUACAGAAACGAACUACAAGAUCAAAUGAUAUGGCAAGAAAAGAAGAAAAGAUUCAAGUACGAAGAGUUCUUACGAGAGAAGAAAAUGAUAGAUCACAUUGUGGAACGGAUCCAUGAGGAAGAUGAACGUGAUCGGUUAGAAAAAAUGUGCAAAAUGCAAAAAACCAAAGAAGAAAUGAUUGCUUUUAAGCAAGCUCAGGAAAUAUGGAAACAGAAGAAAAAAGAAGAGAUUGAGGAGGAAAACAGGAAAAUUCACGAGUUUAUGAUGUCGAAAGCAUCACAUGCACAAGCAAAGAUUGAAGAAAAACAUAGGGCUGACGCUGAGAAGACUGCAAGAGCUGAGAAAAUAAUACAAAAAAUUUUCACUGAUAAGAUCGAAAAACAGAAGAAAGAGGAUGCGUUACAAGAACUUUUAUUGGAAGAAAUGCAGGAAGCGUCCGACAAAAAACACAAAGAAAAAAUGGAAAAGGAGUUUAGAACCAAAAUUGAUGUAAGAGAAUCGCUUAUGAGGCAAAUGGAACAAAGAAUUGAAAGCAAACAACAAGAAGCUGUGUUGGAUGCGGAAUUCAAAAGAGAGAUGCUGGAAAAACAUAUGGAGGAAAGUAAACUCGAACAACUUUCUGAUCAGAAGAGAAGAUUGAAAGCUAUACAAAUAAGAAAAGAUGUUGAACAAAUGAUGUUUGAUAAAAGACAAAAACGUGCUGAGGACCUUCAAAUACAAAAAUUAUUACGAGAGCAGGAAGAAAUCACCAACCAAAAGAGAUUACAAGUAAUAGAAGAAGAAAGAAUGAACAUGUUAAAACAGCAUUAUCAAAAUCUUAUUGGAUUUUUACCCAAAGGAAUAUUUAAACCUGGUGAUUUGACAGAAAUAAGCACUGGUAUAACGCAAAAAGAAUAAACAUGUUUUUUAUAUAAAAAUUAAAUUUUUUAUACUGCACUGACAAAUACCUAUUUAAAAUCAAUAAAAAUUAUUUUAUUA